AUGCCACGUAAUAAAAUUUCUGACAUUGUCGAAGGACGUAUUCUGCAACUAUUACGUCAAGGAUAUUCUCAGCCUCGAAUUGUGAACAUUUUGAAACUUGAUGGUAUACAUGUAUCUCAACCUACUGUGUCAAAUGUCAAACGAAAGAUCGGUCGUCAAAGAAAUUCUGAAUCUAAAAUUAAAAUUUUUCGAAAAAAGCCAUUACAAACACCAUCUAUUAUUAAGAAGGUCAUUAAGAAGAUUGACGUCGAAGAUCCACCAACCCAACGUGCCAUUGCUAAAGAUCUUCACAUCAGUCAAUCGACUGUCUUGAACAUUAUCAAAAGUUCUGGAUUUACUCUUCGAAAGAAACAGAAAGUUCAAAAGUUAACAUCAUCAAAUGUUAUGAAACGUGGACAACGAUCAUUUCAACUUUAUCGGCAAUUAGCACGUGGUCGAUAUAAGAAGUUUAUUACAACAGAUGAAGCUUGGUUUUAUUUAGAUGAAACUGGUGGAAGAAGAAAAGUAUGUUAUAUAAAAAAAACUGAUUCCGACUAUGAUCGAAUGAUUAUUCAACAAAACACUUCUCGGCCAAAAGGUUUUAUGGUAUGGGGAGGUGUAUCAAGUCAAGGGAAAACCGCACUUCGUUUUGUUGCACCUGGUACCAAAGUUAAUUCAAAUUAUUACAUUAACAAGGUUUUAAAGCCAUUUUUAGCACAAGAUGUUCCACGUUUAUUUCCAAAAAGACGAAAAUUGAAAUGGUUUUUUCAUCAAGAUUCUGCACCAAGUCAUACCGCCAAAGAAACAAUUAGAUUUUUGGACCAAAACAAAAUUCAUUGUAUAACACCACAAGAAUGGAUGCCUGCUAGUCCUGAUGCUGCACCAAUGGAUUAUUCAAUAUGGGGCUAUCUAAAACAACAACACAAUAAAACGCAUAUUGAUUCUCUUGAUGAACUUAAAAAAAAGCUUUUGUGUGAGUGGCAAAAGAUGAGUCAGACGUAUAUCGAUAAAGUAUUAGCUUCCUGGUCAAGGAGAGUUUUAAUGAUAUAUAAAGCUCGAGGCUCCCAUAUCGAACAUCGUUUAUAAUUGUCCUUUUUUUUUGUUUAUAUAUAUGAAAAAUAAAACUAUUAAAAAUCAUGACAACAACCUUAAAAAAUUUUUCUUCACACUUGUUUGAGAUUGAUCAAAAUUUUGGGCUAGAGCCAGAGAAACUAACAAACAAGUUAUAUGAUUUGAUAGAAGAGCUGAUGCUCUAUCCAACUGUGUUCAAAUAAAAAAAUUUCGAUGUAUUGCAUAAAAACAGCAAACGACACAAAACUAUUAAAAAUAACGUAAUCAACCUGUAUAUGCAUAAAUUAUGAUGUAGUAAAUAGACGGUAUAAAGAGAAAGACAACUAUAUUACAAAUACACCAGCUCCUGCAAGUGAACAUUAAUCCACCUGUUGUUAUUUCUAUUGCUCAACAAGAAAAGAAAGUAAGUAAAGUGUUCAGCAAUGGAUAGGGAUAACUAAUGAAUACUUACAGCGAGCCAGGUUCCUACUUUGCUAGAGAAGUCAUUAGUUAAAUUUCCUCUUCACAUUAUUUUCAUCCGACUAAGAUCUAUGAAAAGAAAAAAGAAUCUUUUCUGUAAUGAAUGUGGGUGCACUGCGUGUGAAGACAAUACACUGAAACAUCACCCAUAUAUUCUAUUUAGUGCAUUAGUAAAAAUCCUAAAAAACGAUUUGAAUUCCAAUUAUUUCCAAGGGUGUAGAUGUGGGGGUAUUGACUUUCUUUUAACUCACCAUUAUCCCCUGAAAGGACGAUAGUACUAUGGUGAUUAUGAAAGUACUUUGUUACUUCUGUUUUCUUCCAUCAUGUUCUAGAAAAUGCGUUGCUUUUUUGAUUCGCUAAACUCUCUCGAUUUGGAAAAAAUAGGCAUGAUCCUUUUUCAAAAUUCAGUUUAAAAUGAAAAAGAUCAUGUAAUGCACAGCAGGCGAUAGGUCGACAUGGAUCGACAGGUGAGAACAAUUUUUACAAGUCGAGAAAGUUUUGAUGGAACAUACGCCCAGAAGGUUUAGUGGAUGACUUUCGCGUGAGCACAAACAAAACAUGCCGUGUGCAUCUCUGACCCAUAUUAAAUAAUAAAAAAUAUUCACAUGGAAGAAAACGUUAUCAAAAAGCACGAAAAAAGUACAAAAGGUGAACUUUUAGAAACGAUACUCGAAUAAUUGGAUUGAAUUAUUCGUAAAAGAUUUCAAUUAGAAUUUUAUUUUAUCUUCUAUUUUGCGAGCCUAUUGAGAAAAGUGACAAUUGAAUUGCGUGAAAGAUGUGUAUUACGACUGAAAGCCUGUUGCUACAUUAUCACGAUCAUAUUCAAGAAAUGUUUUAAAAUCACUUUGAUUUUUAUGUUGAAAUCCCAUCAUUGUUCUUAAUUUAUCUGAUGUGGUUCUCUUUUUGAGACCUUGAAAAUGCUUUUAUCUAUAUUGCAUUUUUUUGUUUAUAGAAUUGUUUUAUCAUGUAUGUAAAGAAGAAAGAGAGAAAGAGAAAGAUGUUGAACAGAAAGAAAGUUAAUGGAGUCCGACAUGUAAGAAAAAAGAGUACGUCUUUACAUGAAAAAAUGCAAAUUUGAAUGCGUUAAAAAGAAAAUUUCUUCCGAGAAAAAAAUGAAUUGAUAAAGUUUAAUAUUUUU